AGGGUCAGCUCUUCCUCUGAGUACCUGCCAGAUGAAUUUCCAGGACUAGCUUGCCUUACAGUGGGUGUGUUGCUGUGCUGUGCUCUCCAGACAUCUGCUGUUCACCAUCCUGCAUCUCAUAACUGCACCAGCAGUGCUCAAAGAAUAUCCUUGAGCCAGUCCUGUAAGACUGACCUGCCCACAUCCUCCCAAAUUAAAUCUAAAGCAAAUCCAUUACAGCAUAAUGAGAAUAGUAGGGUGCAGCUAGAUCCUGGAGAGGCUGAGGAAAGGGAGCAGAAUAUAAUCUUUAGGCACAACGUCGAUGUGCACCCACCCACACGGAACUGUGAAAUUUGACCCACGUUAAGGAUCUCUGAAAGGGUGGAGAAGCUUUAGAAGGAAGUGGCAGAGCUGAAGGAAGUUUUCAGUCCUCAGAAGUGCUGUUGGGAAAGCCAAGUUUCUUGUGUUUUAUUUUGUCUCAUCCGUGUAUCACACUUGCAGUUGUGCAUUGUGGUGUUGUUCUGGCCGGGUGUGCCUUGCUGCAGUUGCCGUGGUAAUGCUGGGAAGUGUGGCUGUGAUGAGCCUUCUGGUGAGGAUUGCAGCCUUCAGGUGUGCCUGGAGAACUGUAGCAGCAGUGGGAUCUGUGGCACAGCCAAAGGGGUCUGCCAGUGCCACAAGGAGUUCAUUGGACAGGACUGGAGUGAGAAUCAAUAUCCUAGGGAUGGCAGUGGCAAUGGGUUCUGUGACACAGGAGUGUGCUACUAUCACAAUGGCUUCUUUGGCCUCAGCUGUUCCAAGGGAAAGACACCUGAGAUCCUUGCUCCCCAGAAUAUGCAGUUGCUGAACUCCACAGAGAACUGUCUGUCUGUCAGCUGGGAUCCUGUGACUGAUAUGGACAAUUAUCUCCUUACCUAUUAUCUGUCUUGGUAUGAAAUGAUGGUGAAACAAAUCCAUGUGCCCAAAGAGCAGCUCAGCCAUGAGAUUACUGGUGCCAGGGUGGAAUCUCACAAUGUCAAACUUCCAUCACAUGUGAAGGGGAUUGCCAGUGAGCCCAAGCAUCUAGAAGCAAGUACAGUCCAGUCUGCAGUCAAUGUCAUCUGGGUGCCAGAGGAGAUGGAGUACUCCCUGGAAGUGGAGUGGGUGAACCCAUCAACAGAUGUGCAUUACUACAAGCUGAAGUUCAGAUCCCUAGUGAAGAUGGAUGAGAAGCAGGUCAUGGUGCCCAAAAACAAUGAUACAUCCUCACUGGUGAGCCUGAAACCUGUAACAGAACAUGAGGUCACUGUCACACCUGUGAAAGACAGCACAGAAGGGAAACCAUCCUCAGUGACUGGCAGGACUGGUAUCCCAACCGACCUGAUAACCGACCAAAGGACAGAAGAUACCGCCACUGCCUCAUGGAAUGAAGUGGAGGCUCCCUUAGACAGGUACAUGGGGAGAUACACCUCAGCUGAUUGAGACACCAAGGAAAUACAGGUGGGCAGUGCAAAUGACAUGAUCACCUUACUGGAUCUGAGUCCUGACAUGGAAUAUGUUGCUGACAUCUGCUCAGAGAAGGGGCCCCAGAGGAGCAAGAAGGCAAGCACCAGAGCUGUGACAGUAAUGGACAGCACAAGAAGUCUGGUAACUGGCCAAGAGACAGAGGACUCAGCCACCAUCUCCUGGGACAGAGUCCAAGCUCCUGUGGACAAGUAUGUGGUGAGCUACACUUGUGCUGGUGGGCACACUAAAGAAACAGAAGUGGGGAAGGACAGGAGCAUUACCACCCUUCCAGGACUGAAGCCAGGAGUGAAAUUCACUAUCCAUCUCUGGGAAGAGCUGGGGAGCAAGCAGAGUAAGAAGGCAAGCACUGACAGAGUUGACUUUUCUUUUUGCAUAGAGAUUGAUCCUCCCAAGAACCUCCAUGUGUCAGGUGUGACUCAUUCUACUGAUGUAGUUACCUGGACUCCUCCCACAGCACAGAUUGAUGGCUGUUCUCUGACCUACCAGGGUGAAGAUGGUACAAGCAAAGAAGUACAUCUGGGUCCCAGCAAAUAAUUGUUUGUGCUAGAAGGGCUGGAACAAGGAAUGAGGUACACUGUCUUUUUGAUGGCCUACAAGGGAGAUUGCCUGAGCAGAAGGAGUGCAAAUUCUCAACAGGUAGCAACUGGCAUUGGAUGUUGCAUUUUUCCCACGUGCUCUGCAGCUGUUGUGCAUCACAGCAGAGAUCAAAGACAGAGUUUGCGUCCUAUGGAUGAACAGGGAAGCAGUGAUCAUAAUGAAACCAACUGGCAAAUCAGUGGCGUUAUUCCUGGCUGGGUGUCUGUUCUCAGCCACACCAUCUGGAGGCUUGGGAACAUGUGCAGCUGGGCCCUGUGUGAGUGCACAGCAGGAGCUGCUGCUUUCUGUACUUCUGUUCUAGAACCCUUGUCCAUAGAAGCUUCCCAAGGGGUAGUGCCUCCUCCUGCUUUGCUGAGGGACAGUUUUUCCUGCUCUGUUCACACAGUCAGCUUCCUCUACCUGUAUCCUAUGGACUGCAGCCAGGUACAGCAGAAUAGAAAUGCCUCCAGUGGCAUGUACACCAUUUACCUGAACAGGGAUGGCAGCAGGCUGCUGCACAUGUACUGUGACAUGAGCACUGAUGGAGGCAGGUGGAUACUGAGUGAGGCUCUGCUCCUCUUCCUGCUUUUUGAUAAAUGUAAUCACAUGGACAUGACACAAAUGUUGGUUGAGGCUCCUUUCUCUCUGCUGAACUCCUGUUUUGACAAGCUGCACUACCUCAGGGGCUGCAGCUCUUUCUGCUAUGAGCUUGUGGAUUUGUGGACAGCCAGGGAAUCUGUCUCUGCUGUCUAUGAUUUCUUCCAGGUUGCCUCAAGGCUGUCACUAGGGAAUUACAGAGGCAAUGUUGGGGUUGCAAGGACCUACCACAAUGGCUGGAAGUUCACAAUGUGGGACAGGGACAAUGAUGUGGCUCUCAGCAACCAUGCCCUGAUGCACCAGAGCACGUGGGUAAAGAACUGCCACCCAGCCACCCUCAGUGGGAAGCACAGGGAGAGAAAUCACAGGGAGGGUGUGAACUGGGAGUCAUGGAAAGGACAUGAAUUCUCCAUCUGUUUUAUGGAGAUGAAGAUUCAUCCUCAUUCUUCCAAUGAUAAGCCAGUCCUGGGGAGGAGGAAGAAGUCUUUAUCAGAGAAGAGGAAAAGAUCAGGGCUUAAAUAGAAAUCUGUGCAGACCAAUACCAAAUCGAUUCAGUAUUUCUUAACAAAGUUUGAUUCAGACAGCUUUCUCCAAUACAAAGGAGACAAUAGCUGACCUAUGUGGGAUCCUGGGACAUCUGGAUCUGCAAACCUGCUACCAGCAUUUGGAGCUCCUGGUGGGUGAUGUUCCAGAGAAUAGGAGGGGGCCUGUAGGGGCAUCAUGCUUGUAGAUACUCUGGUUGGCUAAGCAUGACAAGGACCUGCUUGAUCCAAUACAUCAAAUUCUAUGAAUUUUGUGUAAAGCAAGCCUCAACACAUGUUGUUCUUUCUGAAACCUGGGCUGCAGAUUCUUCUUAAUUCUGUUUUUCUCUGGUGCCAUCCACUUCAGACUUACAAAAACAAAUUUGAACCUACUAACAUAUAAUAGCCCCCUGAUUUACAUCAGAGUGAAUUUUUCUGAGACUAUCACCUCUCCCUGUUUUGGUCUGAAGUCCUCCUCGUUAUUUGGACACAUUCCCUGUUCUUCCUGCAGAAGUGGGUUUUGGGAAAUACUUCCAGUCUGCUGGCAAGGCUCAUUAACCCAUGUGUGUUCUGUAGACUGGGUUCCAGUGUCACAUCUCUGCAGGUUAAAAUCUUGCUAUUUUGCUUGUGUCAUGUUUCCCAGCCCAGAGAAAAACCUAAGGAGAUGUGUAGUAGAUUGAUGUUCACACCCCAGGGUGAGGGCCAGGACAGGGUGAAUGUAAAGGUCUAUCCUCCUCCAGGCUCUGCUCACCAUCCCAGACCUGCCUCUCUGUACUGCUUGCUUACAGACAAUUAACCAAAUUCCCCAUGCAACUGUUCCAUCUGCUGCUUUCUGCUUUUUCAUCAGCAGUGUGGCAGGUAGUGAUGCUGAAAUGAUAACACUUGUCAUAUACCCCUAAAGUGAGCAUUUCUUGGAGAUAAACUGAUCCUCUGUGCCUCAGUGCAUGGUUUCACAUUUGACUGCUUUUUUUUUUUGCUUUUUUUUUUCUUUUUUCUUUACUCACAGCCAUAAAGGUGAGGUUUAUUUUCUUUCCCUGAGAAGAUAUUAAAAUUCUGGACAGCCAGCUCCAGCCAGGGAAGAAGUAUGAUCUAAACAAAUGAUGCUUGCUCAAAGGCUUCCUUGUCUGAGCACACUGGGACAUGGUUCUCCCAUGUCUUAAUGGCCUUUUCUAUUGCAGUGCCAAGCUGAGUAAUAUAUUUUAAAGAAUCCUUCCCAGACUUUGGAGAAAGUAAUAAAAUCCCAAAUAAAGGAGGUCAUUAAGUAUUUCUGUCUUCUUUGCUUUGGGUGGUGGAAUUAUUUUUCUUCCUGUUUAAGUAUUUUGCACAAAGAGUAGAAGCAUAUCCAGGCCUGGAGUGGGACUGUGCAGGUUAGGUCUUUGGGGUGCGCUCCAAAACAGGGAUGGGGAUUGUGCUGUCUUUGUGACUUAACUCUGUGAGGUGUUUAACUGAUCUGUGCUUGUUAGGACCUGGCUGAGGAGAGCCAGCUAGAGAGUUGUCUCUCAGAGGUGAGGACUAAAUUCUUCACUAUACUGUCAGGACUGUUCCUCUUGGGUGGACAGGUGGGCAGAGACUGGUCUGAACUGUGUGAGGAUAUCCAAGCCCUGGUUUGGGGGAAGGAGGAGACUAAUGGUGAGAGGAGCAGAAAGGAAAAUUGCACCUGAAGUGUUUUGCAGGCUCUGUGCUAAGAGCAUGAGAGAAGGACAUGGGAGAGCGAUAAGGGCUCUUUAUUGUGAAGUGUUUUCUCCCUGUUGCCCACUUGUCUGUAGGCAAGGACAGAUUUUAGUUUGUUAUUCAGCUAAAGGGCUCAGUGAAGUCAUCAGGAAGGUGACUGAGAGGGAGAGGAGGACUAGUCUCACACACAGGCACUCUAAACAUUAAGUAUAUGCUCUAAAAAACAGCAGGCCUGAUUGUUACCUUUGACUUUUUCCUGUGCAGCAGCAAAACAUAAUCCCAUUCUAAAGCUGAAUCCCACCUGGGAGCAGGGAUUCUUCUCUUAAGCGGUAUAAGCUCUGUUUUUGAGCUAAAGGCAAAUGAGGCACCUUAUUUGCAGUUUCUGAGGAGAAUCUGUCACUCCUAAUGCACCUCUCUCAGCAGGAGGGGCAAAGUGUCAGCUUGCUGCUGGAGAACCAUCGCAGAAAGUCAGUAUUCCCGAACAGCCACAGGAUGGCAUUGUCUCUUCAUGCAGGAGACACUUCCUGGUAUCCAGCUGGCCUCUGUGAAAGGACCUUUUGGGGGUUAACUAGAGUCGGUGCUACAGCCUGGGAGGCUGGAACUGCUCAGAUAAUGCAGUUUGUUUGCCUUGAGGAACUGGCUGUUCUGGUUUCAAGGCUCAGGAUGGUCGGGGCAGUCCCAUAAAAAUGUCAUAUCCCUUUACUACCCUUGUUUUGCUGUAAUAUGUGGCCCUGUAACAGUGAUGCUGGAGAGCCAAUACAUUCUCAAAACCUCUGCCUGUGAGAUCACUUAAAAGUUGAUAUACUGAUUUGUGACACACCCAAGGCAGAAUUUAAAUCCCUGAAGGAUCCUCACUGCAUUGGCAUUGCUGUACUGAUGAGGAUUGUCCUGGAGCUGGGUCCUACCAGGCAGGACCCAUCUGUUGUGAUAUAUCUGCUGUUUCUGUGACCCCAGAGAAAUGUUACUGUAUUUACCCGGGAAGAGAAGGGUGAGGAUGCCUCUUCCCAGAGAUUCUGUAUUGUUGUGAUUUGGAGAGAAGCCUGAAGUGUCUUACUGCACUGGAAACUUGCUUGGAAAGCAGUGCUGUUACUUUUGGUCACUGUUCUAUGCUUUGCUGGCGAAAUAAAUGGUGGAAUGGUCAGUGAGGAUCCAAUUCUUCUGUCAUAGAGAGAUUUAAUGGGUAUUUUUUGCUUCCCUUCAAUCUUUAGACUGUUAAACUUCAUCUCAGCCACUGCAUAUUUCUAACCUAGGACCUUGGAACUAUCCUUUCCCCUUGCAGCCCAGAUUACCCAAGAACACCUUGCCCUACAUCAUGUCUAACAUCUGGAGAGAAGCAAGAAUCUCCUUUCUUCUCCAGGAAGUGGGCCUCUGCCUUUUCUAGCUGUUCAUCACUAUGGUCCUGUACUCCUUUUUCACCAGUCUCUUCCAGAGCCUCAGCUUUGAGGACAAGGGACAGCUUGGUGCCUCAUCUGGCUGAGAAGCAGGGGGUUUUUUUGCCCUCAUGGAGGCAGAGCUCCAUGGUGUAGGAUUUGAAAAGGCUGCAAACACCAUGAAAUACUUGUCUGAUAAAAACCAGCUGGGUUUAACUAGUCCAUGCUGCUGAUCCUCUGUAAGAAAAAAACCAAACCUGCAGCCCACCUCCCCCAGCACAAACACACCUUUUGCUCUUCCCACUACUUCUUGCCCUUGGGUAGAGAAGCUUGGCUGUGCUCAUUAACAAAGCAAGGCCAUUAACUUAAGCUGUUUCUUUACAAAAAUGUCUCUAAGCUGCACAGCCUCUGCCACUGAGCUCUCCUCUACUCAUAUCUAGGGCCAGGACACAGGUACAAGAAAGAUUUCCCCAGGAAAAUAAACACAUGACUAAGAUUGAGAUACAGUGUUUGUUUUCAGUUUAAGAGUCAUUUAUUUUUGGUUUAAAAAAAAAUUGCACAAACUUUUUUUUUGUUGUUGUUCCCUGUUGCAUAGACUUAUUUAGGAAAAUUGAAGGUUGAUACUGAAAUGCAGUUUUGGGAGGCAGGGCUGGGGUGUUUGGAGAGCAGGGACUGCAGUGGAGUUUCUGUAUGGUGCACGUCUGCCCCCUUGGUAAUGUGAGUGCUGCAGGGUUUUGCUGGUGGCUAACAGGUUCUAGUGCACCUCAGGCUGUUGCUGCCCUUUUGCUUUUUCCUUCAGAAGCAGACAGUUCAGUGCAUGGUUUGGCUCAAACAGUGGACACCAAGGAAG